AUGAGCAUUGCUGAAAGACCUUUGACGUUUGAUGACUGGCUGGUAGAGCAGGCAUCUGAGUUCAAAUUCUUCCACAUAGACCAAGCAGCAUAUCAAUAUAAUAUUACGGUUCUCAGGUACACCCGGGUCUAUAGUUCAUUAGUCGCCGGUUUAUUUGCGGGAGCAGUACCCCUUAGACCCAGAAAUGCCAUAAUAACAUACUUCUUAGUGAACAUAGCUUUUACUUUUUUGGUCAAGCACUUUUCUGAGAAGAAGCACAAACUUGAGUUCUGUUUUAUGUACAAAUAUGACCUCUACACGAUUGCGCCAUUUUUUGGAUUCAUGACUUUCAUGUUUGCAUGGUUCAUGUCGUACAAUUUUGCAUUUUAUGAACUUAAAGGGUAA